AUGCUCAUCCUUAAUGAUACCAGUUCCCAGCUUCCGACCUUCCUUCUCACUGGUAUCCCUGGCUUGAGAGCAGCUCAGGUCUGGAUCUCCAUUCCCUUUUGUCUCCUUUAUGUAAUUGCCCUCUCUGGGAACAGCAUGAUCCUGCUGGUAAUCCUUCGUGAACAGAGCCUCCAUGAGCCUAUGUACUAUUUCCUCUCUAUGCUUUCAGUCACAGACCUGAGCUUGUCUCUCUGCACACUUUCCACUACCCUUGGUGUCCUCUGGUUUGAAGCCAGAGAGAUCAACUUAAAUGCAUGCAUUGCCCAGAUGUUCUUUCUCCAUGGAUUUACUUUCAUGGAAUCUGGAGUUCUGCUGGCCAUGGCCUUUGAUCGUUUUGUGGCCAUCUGUGAUCCACUGAGAUAUACCACUAUUCUUACCAAUGCCAGGAUUGCCCAAAUUGGCAUAAUUGUACUGAUAAGGAAUGUUGCAGUCAUGUUGCCAGUUGUGCUCUUUGUCAAGAGGUUGUCCUUCUGCAGUUCUCUGGUUCUUUCACAUUCAUACUGCUACCAUGUAGAUCUCAUCCAGCUCUCAUGUACAGACAACAGAAUCAAUAGCAUUCUUGGUCUGUUUGCACUAUUUUCUACUACAGGGUUUGACUGCCCUUGCAUCUUGCUGUCCUAUGUACUGAUCAUCCGAUCUGUCCUCAGCAUUGCUUCCCCUGAUGAGCGACAGAAAGCCUUCAAUACAUGCAUAUCCCACAUCAGUGCUGUUGGCAUCUUCUACAUUCCUCUCAUCAGCUUGUCUCUUGUUCACCGCUACGGCCAUUCAGCACCCGCCUUUGUUCACACAAUAAUGGCCAACGUCUUCCUGCUCAUCCCUCCUGUGCUCAACCCUAUAAUCUACAGUGUGAAGACAAAGCAGAUUAGAAAGGCUAUUAUCAAGGUUUUAAAUCAGAAGCAGAACCAUCUUUAA